GUCCCCUGGUUGAUUGACGGUUCGUGCCGGAAGUGAGGCAGCGGUUGCUAGGCCCUGUCAGGUGAUGUUGUAAAUAGCGGAGGCCGCGGCCUACGCUCCUCCCGGAACCGACCAUGGGCUGUUGUUACAGCAGCGAAGGUGACACCAGUGAGCAGGAUCGCGAGGAAGGAAAGCCGCUGCUCAUCCCAGUCAACCACUCUUCCAACAAAUCGUCAGGUGGCACUGACCCCACUUACCAUAGUAUUCCUUCAUCCCGUUUCCCAGAUGAACAAGCUCUCCUCAACACUAUCCUCAGCAAAACAGCACAUAAUAUAAUUGAUGUGUCAGCCGCAGAUUCACAGAGUAUGGAGCAGCACGAGUACAUGGACCGAGCGCGGCAAUACAGCACAAGGUUAGCGAUGAUCAGCGGUUCGACGCAGUGCAAGCGAGUCACUUCUCUGCCAACGUUGACCAGCCAACCACACCAAGUGUUGGCCAGUGAACCUGUGCCCCCUUCAGACAUUCAGCAGGUCACUAAAAUUGCUGCUUACGCAUCAAGUGCUCUUUCCCAGAUCAAAGUGGAUGCCAAGGAAGAACUUGUGGUGCAAUUUGCAAUUCCCUGACCCCUCAACCUGUGUCAGAUCCCAUUCUGCGAAGACUUUAACAUUGGGACUAACUAUCCUCAGACAGACGUAGAGACACCUCCAUGCCAGCGGGUGUCUGCUCCCGUAAAUCACGCCUUUUAUUUUAAUUAAGCUUCUUGUGCUGUAUAUUUACCUGAUUUGAUUUUUCUAGAUUGCAAUGUGCUUUUUGGUUUUUUUUUGAGAACAAGCUUUAGGUGGUUUAUGAACUGGGGGUACUCUGAAAUACACUUCACAUGCUUUUAAGCUAUCUUGUUAAUUUGUUUUCCCCUAUUCAGUGACUAACUGCACAUUAUUCGCCCUGAAGGAUAGUGGGAAUUCCUUUUAUUAAAUAUUGCACCUGACGAAUUUAAUCCUACCGUUGCUCCCUGCAAUGUAUCCUUUUGUCAUGAGAGAUCCAUGGGCUUGUAUCCUAUGUUUAAGUUCUGUCUUAUUUAAUUUCUAACAAUGGGUGUUUCUGGAGAAAGGCUAGCAAAAUGUUGGUCAUGAAUAUGUUUGGAGUUGAUUUUCUUUUUAAGGUAUUUGACUCUGGAGUGAGAGUUGGUUCUGUGAGUGUACUGUGAUGGGAUUGUGGAGGUGUGGGUUGUUGCCGUGCUGACAGAGACUUAGCUCUGAGUUAACCUGUCUGCUAUUUGCCCCCACCACCACCUUGUUUUCUUAAAGGGAAAACUCUGCUUUGGGGAGCACAUUUGAACAAACUGGUUGUCUGUUAGUGUAAAUUGCCUCCAUGUUGCCCAGGGAUGCAUCCAUGAUGAAAUGAGACUGAGCUUCCUUCCUCACACCCCACCCCCAGCCACUGCACACACCUUGGAAGGGGCAGGGAGAUGGCACUGGUUAGUAGACAGAGGUUUCCAUGGUGAACGUGUUCUGUUAAUUUACCAUCACCAAAACUUCACCCCAGAACUUUGCAAACUCGGUUCGGCAGGGAUUGAGGUGGCUAUCGUAAGCUGAACUGAGAGCAUUUUUCUGAGGGUGGAACAAGUCACUCACCCGCAACUGUUUGUCCUCACUGAAGUCCUGAUGACGGUAACUGGCAUAGAUAUUGACACACCACUUGAUACAAACCUGAGCGAGAGAACCCCCCAGGUGCAUUUUCCUAUUCAUGUGCUCUCGUUUAGUCACUAAUUCGCUAUGAAUCUAAACCCCACAGGUGCAGUUCAGUAAAAUGAGCUGAAUUUGUCUUUAAGGACUCGUAACUUAAAAUAUCCUGGUAAGGUGAUGUGUGUUUAACCCCUCCCAACAAACAACAACGCAUCUGGCUGGUAGCCUGGAGAUUUGAGGUUUCUUCUCAUUUCCCUGAGAAAAUAUCUGAAAAUAAUUAUUUUAACAUUAAUUUUUAAUUUAGUUGGAGGAGAAUUUUUCUGUGAUCCAGAAACCAGGCUUUGUUUGUCUGUCUCUCUCUGUCUUUCUCUAUCCGCUGCUCUUGGAAGGGUUUUUGUUUAAUUUACUGUGUCCAUCCCCUGUCUGAAUUAUUUCAAUUCUUUAUCAGAAUCCAAGUGGAAGGAGACUCGGUGGGGGGGGAAGGAAUAGAGAAUUAAAUUACUGGCUGUUUCUCAUCCCUGAAUCCUGUUUUUUACUUCUGUCUCUAUAAUGAGCCACUGAAUUUGAUUUGUACCAAUACCUGAUUAUGUGGGGUCUCUGCCCCAUUUACUCACUGCUCCCCUUUUCACAAUGUGCGGUUGAUCACUAUCAGUACAAAUUGUUUUAUUGUUUAAUUUUUCCCCUCUCUCCCUCUGGUUUCUGCAGACUGGUUGAAAACCCAGGAUUUUAAUCUGCAUUUGACAUGGAAUCCAAGCUGUAAACUAUUUGUGGCACAGCUUCUUCCUGGGGAUGUGUGGAUGUGAUUUUGUUUGUUUGCACUGUUACUGUUUAACAGAUACUGAUGAGCUCUUGGUAACAGCAGGCAGUGAGGGUUGGGAGGAUGUGUCAAAUUCAGCCCCUCCUCACUGGAGUGACUUUUUAAAAAAAAAACUCCCUAUGCCAAGGUCCAAGAGCUGUCCAGUUUAACUCGGCCUCUUCCUCAGGAAGUGACUGCAGUAUCGAAUGCAAUUGUUGAAUCAGCUUAACAGUUUGCAUGUAAACAGAUUCAAGUGACAGGUCCUCGCCUAAAGGUUGUUCUCAUUCUCUCUAUCACUCUCACCAAAAGCUGACACACUUAAUAUUCUCAACCUUGCUUUUAAUUUUCAGACUUCUUAAUCUGUUUGGGCUAUUUCUUUCUUUGUCAUCAUCCUCCCUCCCUCCCCCUGGAACUGAGGAACACAAUCACACUUUAACUGGCCUACACAGCAGUUCUGUCUGCGUUUCGGGCAAAAAAAACCCCUCUCUUUCUGGAUCUUUUAAGUUUAUUUUCUCUGCCUGUGCUCAGUUUAAAAAGUGCAGAUAUUGCCAGUCUGGAAUACAGUGGGUCACAGUGAAAUCUACCAGUGUCUCAAUUGAUUUCAUGAUGGAACAAUGUGAUUUUUUUUUUAAAAAAGGGAAUAAAAUCAGAUUGGAACCUGUGCUGAGCCCCUGGUGAACCCUUUCUGCAAUCACCUUGUUAUUUAUAAUUACCUGUCUCUCCCUCCUUUUAAAGAAAGUAAAAAUUACGAUCAUUAGGUUUCUCAGAAGCCAGCAACGGAUGUGGUGGCAGGUGCUGAUGGCAUGGUUCUGUGUUAUCUGGUUGCAGUCGGUAAGGCAGAUGGGACUUCUGCAGUUGUCCUCGAAGCUUCAAGGAGGAUCAUACAUUGGGAGGUUUCCUGGUUCCUAUCCAGUGACUGUAUUGGGUGAAGAUGGGUUUGGGAUUGACUCUAAUGCACUUUGUUGGUUGCGUAACCUGUUGGCAUUCGCUUUGUAUAUUAAACAGCCACUUCGAUGGGGUACCAGAGCCUGGUAGAACUGAAUCCCACCACCCUGCCCAAACAGCCAGUUCGCAAGAGAAAUGGGAUAGGUGGGGCAGGAGAGAGGAGAAUGUCAAUACAACAUUCAUUUAACAGAUGGAAGUGUGAAUUAAGUAUGGCUGGUGUGUUGAGAAAAAAUGUGCUGAAUUCAUCCUGUCUGGAUUAAAACUAAAUAAACUUUCAAAGUACAUCCA